AUUCUGUCAUUGCACACCGGAAAGUUGCGAUCGCCACCGACUUUCAUCAUCCAGAUUUUAUUCUUCAAGCUGGUUCAUUACUCAUCUUGUAGAAUUGAUUCACACUGUUCUUUGCCUCCGUAGCCCUCCCUUUUUCUUUUUCUUUCUGGUGAUGUUAUAAUCUUUCUGCCAUUACAUUAUCUCCUAAGUUUUGUUCCUUUUCCGUACCGUUGUCAAAGAGCGUUGGGUUUCCGUCGUUUGAUAUCAUUUCAAUUGAUUGCUCCCUUGCGGAUUUUGUGGUUUCUCAGACCUUCGUUUCAUCCUUCGCGCAACGAUACUGUCUCCACCCCAGAAGCGCUGCCCGAAAAUCUUACGGUGUCUUAUACCGCCAAAAUGAAGGUCUUCUCUUCGACUUGUACUUUCGAUUACUCCUGGGAGGAGGUUUCCACAGCGAACUGGCGCAAGUACUGCCCAUGGAAUGACAAGUCAACACAUGUGGUGGCUGUAGACACGUUAUCCCGGACUGUUGACUCUGAAACCGGUAUCUUGCGUACAGAACGCCUUAUCACAUGCGAUCAAUCGGUGCCGCAAUGGGUUCUUUCACUGUUCGGAGGUAGCGCUACCUCCCAUGUUUACGAGUUAUCCUACGUCGACCCGAAGUCGAAGAGAGUUACAAUGUGUUCGACCAACCUUACAUGGUCCAACGUCCUAAAGGUCCAAGAGACUGUUAUUUAUCAACCAUCAUCGUCGAAGCCGACUUGUACUACGAACUUUAACCAGGAGGCAAAGAUCACUGCUCUUUGUGGUGGAUGGCAAAAGAUCAAAAAUAAGGUAGAGGAGGCGAGUGUGGAAAGAUUUAGCCAAAAUGCAAAAAGGGGUCGAGAAGGCUUCGAGGCUGUACUUGAGAUGAGUCGACGGGUUUUUGGUGAACAACGCGAGCUUGAGAAUGGUAAACUACAGUCAUGAGUUUUCAGUGUUCUGUAUCCAUGCGAGACUGGAGUUCCGCACCUUCCCAUUGGGAAUUUUGCAUACACCGGCGUUAGUUCUGAUUUUAUCUCCAAGCGUAUGGUGCGAGUUGGCGUUCAUAAUUGUUUCUCAUCCCAUAUAAUCCUGCCUCCUUCUCUUGUUAACAGAGAUAUUUUGGCUUCAUUCUUUUCCUUGUCAAUCGUGUUUGAUCAGUGAUGACUGGCUGUAUGGUUGCAACGCUCUGUUGCUCAUGACGCAUAUGCUCUAAAAGUUCUCUUAUUGAUUUGUGCUGUGUUAGGCUCGUGGAACGUAUAUACCUGGAGGUUACUCGCAGAGUAACAUCUGAUGUCGAUACACAUUCUCUGCCAUUACUUAAAUUUCACGUAAUUGAAAGGCUAAAGCCACA